GGCUGCCUGUCUGUCAGAGGCUGUGGCGUCGCAUCCACUCUUUUCAUCAUCCCAAAUCGCCUUGCAUGGAUACAUCAUGGCUACGUUUGUAUGCAGGGUACAGUUCUUAGAUGAUACUGAUCCAUUUAACAGCACCAAUUUCCCCGAGCCUACCAGACCACCUCUGUACACUUUCAGAGAAGAUAUUCCUCUGAUCAAUCAGAUUGCUGGAGUCCACAGGCAGCUAAAAGCUCCACAGAAGCCCGAUGACUGUGCCCUUCAGCUGUCCCAUAAUGGAAGCUACCUGGACUUGGAGUCCACCCUGGCAGAGCAGAGAGAUGAACUGGAGGGAUUUCAGGAGGAAGGAGGGAGAGGCAAGAAACACAGCAUUAUUCUUCGAACACAGCUCUCCGUCAGAGUCCAUGCCUGCAUUGAAAAACUCUACAACUCAACUGGAAGGGAGCUAAGGAGAGCCCUCUUUUCCCUCAAACAGAUUUUUCAGGAUGACAAGGACCUGGUGCACGAGUUUGUGGUGGCAGAAGGACUCACUUGUUUGAUAAAAGUGGGAGCUGAAGCCGACCAGAACUACCAGAAUUACAUCCUCAGGGCUCUCGGUCAGAUAAUGCUGUAUGUGGAUGGGAUGAACGGCCUCAUAUCUCACAAUGAAACAGUCCAGUGGCUUUACACCCUGGUCGGAUCCAAGUUCCGCUUGGUGGUGAAGACGGCCCUGAAGCUGCUGUUGGUGUUUGUGGAGUACACCGAGUCUAACGCCGCCCUGCUCAUAAAGGCUGUGAACGUGGUGGAUGCCAAAAGAGGCACAAAGCUGUGGUCAAACAUCAUGGAGAUCCUCGAUGAGAAGGAUGGAGUGGAUACAGAGCUGCUGGUGUAUGCAAUGACACUCAUCAAUAAGACUCUGGCAGGCCUCCCAGAUCAGGACUCGUACUACGACAUGGUGGACUGUCUGGAGGAGCAGGGCAUCGAAGCCAUGGCCCAGAGACACCUGAGCAGGAAAGGCACUGACCUCGACCUCGUAGAGCAGUUCAACAUCUACGAGAUGACUCUCCGCCAUGAGGAUGGAGACGAUGAAACCCAGUUGCCCCCCAGCGGGCGCAAGGACCGCCGACGGGCCAGUGUUGGCGGCACCAACGAGAGGCGUGGCCUGGAGAGAAGACGCAGCCGGAGACAUUCGCUCCAGAACAGCAGGGGCCACGCCUCUGCCCCAGCAUCACCCAGCAGCCCUCACACUCAUGCAAGCAGCUUCCUGCCUUUCGGUGGCCAGCGCAUUGAAGACAUCAGCGAAAGAAUCAGUGCCAAUGGCACUCCAUACCCUGGCAGGCACCAGGCUCCCACAUCCCCCAUCCAUCGCUUCACUAGUUCAGCAACCUCCACGCCAGACUCCAAACCGGUUGACAGACCUGCUUUAGGGGGCUUGCUGACUUCAUCGUACAGGCAGCAUCAGGAGUCUCUGGCUGCAGAGAGAGAGAGGAGACGCCUGGAAAGAGAGGAGCGUCUGCAGAGAAUCGAACGAGAAGAGAGGAAUCGCUUCAGUCGAGAUUAUGUAGACAAGAGGGAGGAAGCGCGACAAGCCAGAGAGGAGCGGUACAAAGCUGUGGAGCGGCUAGCUGCUGAGGAGUUUGAGCGAGAGCGUCCCAGGGUGCCGACGAGAGGACGAACAGAGAUCACUUUGUGUCUGAGUUCCAACCCCGCCAGCCGCUCAGCGUCCCGCUGUACCACACCUUCAUCCAUUAUCUCACAGGAAGACGCCGCCGCCACUGCACACCAGACGUCAGAACAUAUCUCAGAGCCAAACCUUGACCCACAGUCCAGGACCAAAAGUCCAGCACCAGGGUUAACAGAACGUUCCCCAACACCUCCAUCCGAGCCAGACAACAAGACUGAGACAGAGUCACCCGCGGAGGCAGAGGAUGUUGCUGAGAUUCAGUCCAACCAGAACAUGGCGGCAGAGCCGGCGGCCAAUGAGCAAUCGGCCAUGGAGGAAGAAGAGAGGCGAGAGCACGAGAAGCUUGAGGAACAGAAGCAGUGCAUGGAUGAGGUACCGGUUGAAGAGCAGGUAGAAGAAGUGGAGGUAGCAGAUGUGGCAGAGGUGGGAGAGACUGAUGCGGAGGCUAAUGUCGAGUUAGAGGAGGAGCAACCGAUGGAAAGGGAUGUAGAAGACAACGUACUGCUGAGCGAGAAGGAGAGACAGAACGAGGAAGUGAAUGAAAAGGACAACUGCUCUGCAUCCAGCAUCUCCUCCACGAGCAGCACUCUGGAGAGGGAGGAGCGGGAGGAGAAAGUCACCAAUGACAUUGAAGCAGGCCAAUGGACGCAGUGCAUUAAAGACGCGGAUGUGAAUGACCAGUGCAACAAAAUACUCAACAGCAAGCGCUUCAUGCUGGACAUGCUCUAUGCUCAGAAGACAACCAGCAAUGAUGAAGGGAAUGUAGCAGAAACGGAGAAGGAAACAUGUAAGUGUGAGAAGGAGACGGAGGUCAGUGACUCCUCUGUGGCCAGCUUGGCCAGCAGGAUCUCCACACUGGAAGCUCACAGACAGGCCAGAGAAGAAAAUGUGAAAAAACUGGAGGUGGGACAUCUGGACAACCAGGGCAGUGUCCGAGCUGUGGCGGAGAAAUUUGGAGAUUUGGUCAAAGGCCUCACAUCGCCUCCUGAAGUGGAGGCCUCGAAGGAGCAGCAGCAGCAGACGGACAAAUCAUCGUCUGCUGCUUCUUCGACGUUACCCCCUAAGAAAGAGUCGGACUAUAUCUGGGAUCAGCUGAUGGCCACCCCCAGGGAGCUGCGUAUCAAAGAGAUGGACUUCACGGACCUGAGGGACGAGGACGACGAGGACAUUUUAGAUAUGGACAGUGUGAUGGGGUCAGGUGACCUGAUACCACCACCUCCGCCUCCACCAUGCAGCGCUGUCCUGCCACCACCGCCGCCCCUGUUUGGGUGCCCCCCUCCUCCUCCCAUGCUUGGCAAAAUGAUGCCACCGCCCCCGCCAUUCAUGGCUCCUAUCCCUCCGCCCUCCCCUCAGCUGAGUCGAGGGGAGAUGCCUCUCUUCCAAAAGAAGAAGAAGACCAUCCGUCUCUUCUGGAACGAGGUGCGUCCCAUGGACUGGCAGUGUAAGAGCCAUAAAUUCUGUAAGGAGUCCCUCUGGUCCAAGCUGGAGCCGAUUAAACUGGACACAUCCAAGAUGGAGCAGCUGUUCGAGUCCAAAUCCAAGGAGCUGCCUGUCACGAAGAAAGCGGCUGUUGAUGGCAAACGACAAGAAAUCAUAGUCCUGGAUUCAAAGCGCAGCAACGCAAUAAACAUCGGUUUGACUGUCUUACCUCCUCCCCGCACCAUCAAGACCGCCAUUCUCAACUUCGAUGAGUACGCACUGAACAAGGAAGGCAUUGAGAAAAUCCUGACAAUGAUCCCCACAGAGGAGGAGAAGCAGAGGAUCCAGGAGGCUCAGCUGGUGAACCCUGAUGUUCCCCUGGGCAGCGCCGAGCAGUUCCUUCUCACCCUCUCCUCCAUCACAGAGCUGUCUGCUCGCCUGCAGCUGUGGGCGUUCAAGAUGGACUACGAGCUUAUUGAGAAGGAAGUGGCAGAGCCUCUGCAGGACCUCAAGGAAGGGAUGGACCAGUUAGAGAAAAACAAGACGCUCCGCUACAUCUUGACCACGUUGCUCGCCAUAGGCAACUUCCUCAACAGCACUAAUGCUAAAGGCUUUGAGCUGAGUUACUUGGAGAAAGUCCCGGAGGUGAAGGACACGGUUCACAAGCAGUCCCUGCUGCACCACACCUGCUCCAUCGUGGUGGAGAAGUUUCCAGACAGCACUGACCUCUACUCUGAGAUUGGAGCCAUCACCCGCUUGACCAAGGUGGACUUUGACCAGCUUCAAGACAAUCUGGCCCAGAUGGAGCGAAGGUGCAAGGCAUCAUGGGAUCACCUCAAGGUCAUUGCCAAACACGAGAUGAAACCAGCAUUGAAGCAAAAAAUGUCAGACUUCCUCAAAGACUGUGCAGAGAGAAUCAUUAUUUUGAAGAUUGUACAUCGAAGAAUAAUCAACAGGUUUCAUGCCUUUCUGCUGUUCCUGGGCCAUCCGAUAUAUGCAGUCCGUGAGGUCAGCAUUCACCGCUUUAGCAAAAUCCUGAGCGAAUUUGCCCUGGAGUAUCGCACAACAAGAGAGCGCGUGCUACAACAGAAACAGAAGAGGGCCAACCACCGGGAGAGGAACAAGACCAGGGGAAAAAUGAUAACAGAUAGCGGUAAAUUUGGCGGUGCCCCAUCAGAAGCACAGGAGAGCCAGCCUCAGGGUAUCCAGUAUGCAGAAGAUGCAGCUGAACAUGAGAACAUGAAGGCCGUACUAAAGAGUAGCCUGCAGGGCGGAGAGAGUGGAGCGUCCACGGUGCCCGGCCUCCGCACACGCACCAGAGCCAGCAGCACCAGAGGGCGCGUUCCCCCAUGGUACUCUGCCAAUGACGACCCAGUGAACUGUACAGAUGAUACGGCUGAUGAGAUCAUGGAGAGGAUUGUUAGGUCAGCCACUCAGGGGCCCAGCCAGCGGACGCAGCCUCGGGAGAGGAGACGAUCCCGAGCCAACCGAAAAUCACUGAGAAGGACACUGAAGAACGGUCUGACAACAGAGGAGGCUAACGCUCUUGGCUUAUCCAGUGGUUCAGAGAUGCAGGUGUGAGCUGGGCAUAAAGAUGUUCGGAAGCCCUUUCACUGCCCCUCCAACACCCACAGCCAACCUGGCAC